AUGGGGAAGCUGGACUCCUCUCAGUUUGGGACACAUUUGCUGGGAAGGCAGCAUGCAGAGUCCUCUGAAGGCCUGUCCUCAGCGAUGUGCCUGGACCUGGUCCUACUGGCUUAUUUGGAGUUAAGGCUGAGGAAUGGAAGCCACCGCUGUGAGGGGAGAGUGGAGGUGAAGCUCCAAGGAAGUUGGAGGAGCAUCAGAAAUUACAACUGGCAGUUGAGGAACAUGGCUGUGGUGUGCAGACAGUUGGGUUGUGGAGCUGCUGUUGAAGCUACCUCAGGGAAUCAUUUUGGAUCAGGAGUUGGACUCAUUUGGUUACGAUAUUUUUUAUGCCAAGGGAAGGAGCCAAAUAUCAAUCACUGUGAACACUUUGGUCCUCAAAAAUUGUAUUCUGCUACUCAUGGUUGGAGUGCUGGGGUGAUCUGCUCAGGAUUUGUGCGCCUGGUUGGAGGAGAUGGACCCUGCUCAGGGCAAGUGGAAGUGAAUCCUAAAGGAGAUUGGAUUCCAGUUUCUGAUGGGAACUUCACAAUUCCCACUGCCCAGGUCAUCUGUGCAGAGCUGGAGUGUGGCAAGGCUGUGUCUGUCCUGGGGCACAUGCCCUUCAGAGGGGCCAGUGGACAGGUCUGGGCUGAAGAGUUCCGGUGUAAGGGGCAGGAGUCUAGCCUCUGGUUCUGCCCUAGAGCGCCCUGUCCUGGAGGGACUUGCCACCACAGUGGGGCUGUUCAAAUCGUCUGUUCAGAUUACACAGAAGUCCGGCUCAUGAACAAUGGCACCUCUCAGUGUGAGGGACAAGUGGAGAUGAAUAUUUCUGGAGACUGGAGACCGCUCUGUGCCUCCCACUGGAGUAUGGCCAACGCCAAUGUCGUUUGCCAUCAACUGGGCUGCGGAGUCGCCAUCUCUACCCCAAAAGGAGCAUAUUCUGCGGAAGGAGGCAAUGGGAUCUGGAAAGACCGAUUUCACUGCUCAGGGGCUGAGCCCUUCCUGUGGCAUUGCCCUGUGACUGCCCUGGGUGUUCCCGACUGUAACCGUGGAAACACGGCCUCUGUGGUCUGCUCAGGACACCAGACCCAGCUGCUGCCCCAGUGCAGUGACUCCCUGUCUGACCCAGCAGCCCCUGCAGCCUCGGAGGACAGUGCUGCCAACUGCUCAGAGUUCCUGGCCCUCAGGAUGGUGAGCGGGGACCAGAUGUGUGCUGGGUGGCUGGAAGUUUUCUACAACGGGACCUGGGGCAGUGUCUGCCACAGCCCCAUGGAAGCCACGACCUUGUCCAUCAUCUGCAGACAGCUUGGCUGUGGGGACAGCGGGACUCUCGACUCUUCUGUUGCUGUCAGAGAAGGUUCUAGACCCCGGUGGGUGGAUGGAAUCCGGUGUCGGAAAACUGCUACCUCCCUCUGGCAGUGUCCUUCUGAUCCCUGGAAAGACAGAUCUUGCUUUUCAACGGAGGAAGCUUACAUCACAUGUGCAGGAGCCGGACCUGAGAGCUGCCCAGCUGCCGCCCCCUGCACAGACAAAGAGAAGCUCCGACUCAGGGGAGGAGACAGCGUGUGCUCAGGCCGAGUGGAGGUUUGGCACGAAGGCUCCUGGGGCACGGUGUGCGACGACUCCUGGAGCCUGGCAGAGGCCGAGGUGGUGUGUCGGCAGCUGGGCUGUGGCUCCGCCCUGGACGCCCUGGGCGAGGCUGCAUUUGGCCCGGGAAAUGGAAGCAUCUGGCUGGACGACGUACAGUGCAAGGGCACGGAGUCCUCCCUGUGGGCCUGUGCUGCGCAGCCCUGGGGGCGGAGCAACUGCAAGCAUGAGGAGGACGCGGCAGUCAGGUGCUCAGGUGAAAGGACAGCUGUUCCCCCCAGCCCUGGAGGUGCCAGUUCAGGCUCAGCUCCUGUCCCUGGCGUCUUCUCCCUGCCUGGGAUCCUCUGCCUCAUCCUGGGAGCCCUUCUCUUCCUGGUGCUCGUCAUUCUGGGGACUCAGCUGCACAGACGGAGAGCAGAGCGCAGAGCCUUAUCCAGUUUCCAGGAUGCUCUCGCUGAGCCUGUUUACCAGGAGAUCGAUUACCUCGGGAUGACAAGGGAGGAUCUGCUGGGCAGCCCAGGGUCCCUGUCAGAAGACUCAGCGAGUAAACUGCCAUAUUACAUAGGGGACGCCGAGGACAACGGUGACUAUAAAUCCACUCCGGGUAACCCUCUGGGACAGGCGGCUGAUGCACCCAGUGACGGCUAUGACGAUGCUGCAGAGACGCCAGGUGUGGAGACGCCCCCCGUCCCGCGGAUGAGUCGGGGGGAGCUGCCCCCGGAGGAGGAGCAUGGGGCGAGGGCCUCUCAGGCAGGAUCUUUGGUGCAGUUCCUCAGAGGGGCAGCGGACCCUGGGAAUGGAGCAGAUAAACCCUGGCUGCCCCAGGGGCAAGAAGGGGACCCUGCGUAUGACGAUGUUGAACUACCUGCCCCUGGAACAUCUACGGCGGCUUUCCCAUAGUGUCAUAUUAGGAAUGAGAUGAGUCUCUGACAGUCUAAUUGCCUGCAGCCCGAUGAACUACUGCUGACCCAUCAUUGCAUGAUAUGGAAAUUGCUCA